AUGCGAAUCAUCGCGCUGGCAAGCAUACUGCCCCGCGCUGAGAACAUAAAGAGCAGUGCUACACCCAUUUUUCACUUGUGCCUUUCAGGUGAACGACAGCCACUGACAGACAAGAACAAAAGCAACCCGGGAAACUUGGGCAAAAGCCUCGAUCCUGCGUUAAUCCCUGCAUCCGUGAACGCAACUCUAUGCAGCUGCCGCCGCCGCUGCUGCGGCUGCCGCCGCAGCGGCGCGGCCACAGCACGGCAGCAGCAACCUCAGUACCCGGUGUUUCGGAAUUCAUGGGAUUCUCCUCAUGGUCCGUUGUUGUCUCAUUCACCUGGACUACAUCCGGUUGCUGUGGGUGGUGUCACACCGAAGAACUCCAGAUCAACCAGCACUACUCCAAAGCCAACGACCCCACAUCAGCUGUUGUCCUCUCCGGUGAUCUCUAAUUCGGCCCUCAGUCCGUUUGCGCUCAACUCGAAUUCGCGUUCUGCAGAUGCUCCACUGAACCCAUCCUCACCGUUGCUACCUGCCCUGACCGGGUUGCACCCUUCUUUGAGUGCAUUUAUGGCCAGUCCACUGUAUGACGCAGCAAUUCAGGCUGCAGCUGCCUCGGCUACUGGAUCACCUGGUUCAACGGGAUCGUUGUGGGGUGUUGCCCACCCCACCACUUCGCUCCAGCAAUCACCGCAGUUGACCCCACUCGAGGCGACUUCGAUGGCUCCCAAUUCUCAUACAUUCGACUCCAUUGCAAACUCUCAGUCAAAAUCCUCCCCGGCCGUAGCUGCAGUUGCAGCUGCUGCUGCAGCCCUCAGUCAGUCGCCCUCGCCAACGGCCGCUGCUGCCUUCCAUUCAGAGCUGCUCAAGGCUGCGAAGCGUCACUUGUGGCGUCAAAAAGGCAUCUCACUGGAUCUGAAGGGUCGUGUGUACCAGGCUACAGUAAGGGCUGUGUUGUUGUGUGGUUGCGAGACAUGGCCUCUUCGGGUAGAUGAUGUGAGGCCUCUUCAGGUUUUCGACCACCGAUGCAUCAGAAGCGUGGCUGGUUUCGGCUGGCGUCAGCGUAUCAGUAACGAGGUGAUUAGAAAACGGGUAUUUGGUUGUGCUGCAGACACCUCAUUCCGGGAAAACAUCCAGCAUCAUCGACUGCGAUGGCUCGGUCAUGUGCUACUCAUGCCGAAACACCGUCUACCAAGACGAGUGUUGUUCUCCGUGCCUCCUUCAGGAUGGCGCAAACCGCGAGGUGGACAGCAUAUGACUUGGCAAAAAGGCGUGAAAGAGAUCACGAAGAGUUUGGGUGUUGUUGGUGUUGUGAGACUUCCAGGAUGGGGUCCCCACCUAUACGGCUUCAAAGCUGCCGGUUCCCAGCGUCGCUCGGAAACUAAUCCAACUAGUCUAGCACAAGUUUCAUCGGCCCUUCCAGGUAGUUGUGCCGGCUUGGGGACACCUACGACAGCUUCGGCAUUCGAUGCUUUUCAAAACUCUACACUCCCGUUCUUGGAGAAUUGGACAGAGUUCGCUUUGAAAACGUCUCCCUCACUGUACUCGUCGGCCAAAAAUGAUAUUGCUUCGGAUGUUAAACCUGUGGACUCUGAUCGAUUUCGCAGAGUACGAGCAGUCACAGAAGCCGAUGAGUUGGCGGCUGCAGCAGCUGCGGCGGUCUGGCGAGGUUGCCUAGCCAAUUCAAGCAAUCUGGUUGUGAGUACGAAUGACCCAGAUGGCGUCGCCGCCUCCGUCACUAAUCACAGGUCAUCGCAGGCCAGCAUUCACGCGUUGUCGACUUUAGCUAGCCCACUCGUGUCUGACUUUUCAACACCUGUUUCAUACGCGCCCAAAGACACGUUCGCAAGCUCACCCUUGAAUCAAACGUCUAUCACUGACUGUUCGCAACGCGCCGCGGCCGCGGCAGCUGCCGCUGCAGCCGCUGCAGCUCAUGUUCACAUCCUGUCCAGCUUGGCCGCCGUGGCGGCAGCACAAACUCCCCCAUCCAACAGACAGCGCUUCUCCACCCUCUCCGGAGCCUCUUCACCCGCGUUCAGUCGGGUAGUGCCAGACUCCACCGAUUUUCUCUCCUCCCACAUGUCGGACGAGAUGGACGGUGAAAAUAACGACUAUCACGAUUCGAAGCUGGAACGACCAGCCUCAUCCCCGGCUGAUCGAUUACUUUUCCCCAAUAAUGGCUUUCGUACACGCAAAGAAUUGGCUAGUUUGGAUGAGCCGACAACUCAGAUGGAUUCAGCGGCAAGUGGCGUGCCCAAAGCUCGUGCAGAUUCCAUUUCCAGUAUGUGGAAUUCGAAUGGCGUGAAUUUCCGAUUCAAGCGGAACUGUACACCACCUUCAAAAGCACUCGUUGGCGGAAGAACAACCAAUGCCCACCGUGGCAGUCCCUUUAGUUCAUCGUCCACAUGCGCCACCACGGGCACACUUACGGUCAAAUCAGAUAUGAACAAAUCGUCUGCUGUCGCGGUCCGUCGCAUCAACAAAGCCGAUUCCCCCACCUCCCAUGCUACAAACACCAUCACAACUAAUAGGCACCAUCCUCCGGACGCCUCCAACGAUCGAUUAGGUACGUCUCCACCCAACACCACGCCUAACACGGGCUCGAAACGAGUACAUAUCAAAAAGCCACUGAAUGCCUUUAUGCUGUUUAUGAAAGACAUGCGACCUCGGGUCCAGGAGGAGUGUACGCUGAAGGAAUCGGCGGCUAUCAAUCAGAUUCUUGGUCGAAAGUGGCAUGAACUGCCGCGAGAGAAACAAGCCAAGUACUAUGAGAUGGCCCGCAAAGAGAAGGAAUUGCACCUGCAACUUUUUCCUGGUUGGUCCGCUCGCGACAACUAUGCCAUGCACUCUCGUCGAAAAAAGAAGCGAAGGAUGGCCGCGCUUGCAGCCGCUCAAUCUGGACAACGCCACGUGAUCAAUAAAUCGAGCUCGCUUUCCGGUGACUACGGCUCGGUUAUGGACCAGACGGAUGAUCACUUGCGAGGUUCUCAGUCCGCACUGCCAGGAUCCACAAAUUUGUCUGACUUGGGGAGUGCGAAGAAGUGUCGAGCUCGAUUCGGCCUGGAACAUCAGCAUCGAUGGUGCAAACCGUGCAGGCGCAAGAAGAAGUGUAUCCGGUUUAUGACUGACGCCGAAUUCGAAGAAUCCGAAUAUCACUCAUCCACACCACCUCCUUCGCUUUCGGGGUUACCUACGUGCACCUCUUCGGCCACUACUGCUGCCGCUGCCGCUACAUCACUGAACACUCUCGACGGCACUCCUACUGCGACUAGUAUGUUCGGCCAGACAUCUAUGGCGCAUCGGUCAACAAUGACCUCCGUCACCUCGACUCAACGUGGCACCCAACCAACUUCAACAGAUCAACGACGACUGAGCGCUAAUGAUGCGGAUCUUUGGACAUCUUAUGUUCCAAAUCUUCAGGCUGCAUCUUUUGGACACCAUGAAGGUUCAAUUCCGGUGCUCAGCUGUCAGACGACCGGCAGACAAUCUGCUGGCGGUAACGUGCUCCCCAGGCUGACUCCGUCUGAAUCCGAUCGAUAUUCUCCCAUCAUAGGUUUGGAAACAGACAGUGGCCACAAUCUUUCCGGUCCACCCUUACUCAGACCACAACCACGACAUGAGCAACAUACAGGAGUAGAGUUUUCCGAUCCCAUGACCUCCAAUCACCGUUUUGGUGAAUCCACCGAUCGAGUGACUAGUUUUAUGGCUGAUCUUCAUCGCCGACUUACAACCGGUAUGAUUAGGUCGUCCACAUCACCUACCAAUCCAAUCACUGGUGGUCCUGCUAAAGAUGGUGGUGGGAAACCGUCCUCUACGAUACCGUCAUCGCAUUUAGUUUCCACCACCCCUUUCACUCUCAGUCACUGCGGUUAAUUCACUCAUUCAUGUUCUAUUGUAGGAACAAUUUAUCCACCACCUUUGUCUUAUUUUUUAUCCACUCUAUGAGACUGUACAGCCACCUGUAUAUUUUAUUCCCCGUGAUUUCCUUAUCCAUGUCUCCUAUCACAGUUGUUUCGAUCGAUCGAUACGCUCCGCCCUCGACUUCUCUCUGACUUAGCUCAUCUUUCAUUCACUAGCCUAGUUCACCUAUUUGCCCACUAGUCACCCCGUCAACUGGUCUACCACGUGGGAGCUCGUCGUCUAACAGGGUCUUUCAUUCCUUAUGAUUAUGUUUUUUCUCAGCGUGCCACAAACCGGACCGCACUAUUCUUUGGAUCUUAUUUCAUAUUCCUUCUGAUAGAUGCAACAACGGUGCACCCCUUCCCCCCACCUCAGUCAGUGUUGUAGGAUAAUGCUUUCUCCCUUUUGUCAUUGUAAAAUCAUCUCUACAUCAACUUUUUAAUCCACUUCUCAACCGUAACUCGUCCCACUCUUGGAGCACGGUGCAAAGUGGCAUUUUUCUCCUGCGCACACCCCCACGGUCACAAAGCGCCAAUUGUUCACUUUUCUUCUGUGAUGUCAUCGUGAUUUUGACGCCUCCACCCCGUUUCAAAGUCACACUGCGCGCCUUAAUAUUUCAGCCUGCUUUUUGUGCCUAUGCCUAUGACUGCCAACGCUCCUUGUACUAUUUUCUCUCGAGCCCCUUCUCGAUCUGUUGUGUGACAAGGACAGCGGCAUUGUGGCCAUUUUAUUUGUGCUUUUGCGCGCACACCAAUGCGUUUUGCCACUUUCUUUGACCUCGCGAGAUUCAUUGCUACCUGUGUGUGUGUGUGUCUGUGUGCUUCGACACAUCCUGCGCGCCCGUCCUGUCGCCUUGUUUUGUGUCCCAGCGCCACCACCGUUCCUUCACUUGUUUUUCUUCUUUAUUCGCAUCGUUAUUAUUGCUACUAAUUCGUUUUGUAGUUAACUGACCAUGGUGAACACAGCGCUAUAUUUUGUUACACACACACACACGAAUGCUCUUGCGCACCGUCUCUCUACCCCCUAUGACCGGCUGUUUUCCCUCACCCUCUUAUGCGCC